CAUAGAAGGACCCCACCAAGUUGGAACCUGUUCAGAGGAGGACAGCCAGGAACGGGGAGACCAGAAGUGGUGCCCUAUGUCAAGCAGUUAAAGGGUGAAGACAUCAGAUCAGAGACAUUGUCCGAUUUGCCCAGAGUCACUCAGCUAGAGUCUGAGGUGGAAACAAAGACAGAUGGGGAGACUGCAUCAGACAGCGAGAGCCGAGCUGAACCUGCACCAACAGCCACUUCUGAUGAUACUCCUGAGGUCCUCAACCGGGCACUGUCAAAACUGUCCUCAAGAUGGAAAAACUGGUGGGUGAGAGGUAUCCUGACUUUGGCUAUGAUUGCCUUUUUCUUCAUCAUCAUCUAUUUGGGACCCAUGGUUUUAAUGAUGAUUGUGAUGUGUGUUCAGAUUAAAUGUUUCCAUGAGAUUAUCACUAUUGGCUAUAAUGUCUACCACUCAUAUGACCUGCCUUGGUUCAGGACCCUCAGUUGGUACUUUCUACUGUGUGUGAAUUAUUUUUUCUAUGGUGAAACAGUGACUGAUUACUUCUUCACUCUGGUCCAGAGAGAGGAGCCUUUGAGGAUUCUCAGUAAAUAUCAUCGCUUCAUUUCCUUUGCUCUUUACCUAACAGGGUUCUGCAUGUUUGUACUGAGUCUUGUUAAGAAGCAUUAUCGACUCCAGUUCUAUAUGUUUGGUUGGACUCAUGUGACUCUGCUUAUUGUUGUGACCCAGUCCCAUCUUAUUAUCCACAACUUGUUUGAAGGAAUGAUCUGGUGA